AUGGAUUCAAUUAUGAGGUCGGACGAAGAUUAUUUCGAUUCCAAUUCAUCAUCUUCGGGCGAGGAAGCUGAGACUUCUAAAGUGGUUUGCGUACCAAAAUGCCCAGAUGAAUUGAAACCAAAAAUUGGACAAAGUUUCAUGACCCUUGAUCGUGCAUUGGACUUCUACAACAAUUAUGCUCGAUAUGUUGGAUUUGACACCCGCAAAAAGGGAUCGAAAAAGGAAAAAGAUGUCACUACUUGGAUUUACGUGGUGUGUAGCCAAGAAGGUACAAAGCAAAGAAACAGUGAACAAUUUGAGGUGAAACGAAAGCGUUCUUCUAUUAAGUGCUAUUGUAAUGCUAAAGUGUCUUGGAAGUAUAUUAUGGGUGUUGGUUAUAUUAUACAAAGUUUUGUUGAAGAACAUAAUCACGAGAUGGUUGAGGAACGCCAUAAGCGUUUUAUGAAUUUGAACCGUAAUUUGGAUUUAGUCCAUCAGAAAUUCAUCCUCGAUUGUGCUAAUGCAAAUAUUGGUCCAACUUUAAGUUUUAGCUUACUUAAAGAAGUGCUUGGUGGAUUAGAUUAUGUAGGGUGUACUGUUUUAGAAGUGCGCAACUAUAGACGUGACCUUAGAGCAUAUGUGGAAGGAGCUGAUGCACAAAUGUUAUUGAAUGAGUUGCUAAGGAAGAAGGAGCUGUGUAGUGCAUUUACAUAUGAGUAUGAGGUCAACUCAAAGGAUAGGAUGACACGAUUGUUUUGGUGUGAUCCUACUGCAAGAAGAAACUACCAUUUGUAUGGAGAUAUUGUUUCGUUUGAUACGACAUACUCAACAAAUAGCUUACUUAAAGAAGUGCUUGGUGGAUUAGAUUAUGUAGGGUGUACUGUUUUAGAAGUGCGCAACUAUAGACGUGACCUUAGAGCAUAUGUGGAAGGAGCUGAUGCACAAAUGUUAUUGAAUGAGUUGCUAAGGAAGAAGGAGCUGUGUAGUGCAUUUACAUAUGAGUAUGAGGUCAACUCAAAGGAUAGGAUGACACGAUUGUUUUGGUGUUAUCCUACUGCAAGAAGAAACUACCAUUUGUAUGGAGAUAUUGUUUCGUUUGAUACGACAUACUCAACAAAUAGAUAUUGUAUGAUAUUUGCUCCUUUUACGGGCAAGGAUAAUCAUGGUCGCCCUGUGACAUUUGCUGUUGGACUUUUGUCCAAGGAAAAUGCCAACUCAUUUUCAUGGUUAUUUAACCAAUUUGUAAAGUGUAUGGGUGUGGCUCCCAAACUCAUUGUAACCGACCAAGACUUAGGAAUGAAAGUUGUUGUUGAGGAGGUCCUUGUCAAUACAAGACACCGGUGGUGUAUGUGGCACGUUAUGAAUAAAGUUGCUGACAAAUUGCCAAAGAACAUGCUUGGUAGUGAACAAUUAAAGAAGGAACUGAAUGCAUGUGUAUGGUCAGAGUUGAUAGAACCUGAUGCAUUUGAAGAAACUUGGCAUGCUAUAAUGGAAAGAUAUGGGCUGACCAAUAAUGUCUGGUUUUCAUCAAUGUUUGCAUCCAGAAAAUUUUGGGUUCCUGCCUUUUUCCGUGAUUUUCCGAUGAGUUCGUUGAUAAAGACAACUUCUAUAUCUGAAUCACAGAAUAACUUCUUCAAAAGGUACUCAAAGUCUCGGGCUAACCUUAUGCAAUUUUAUAUGAACUAUAAUCAUGCUCUGGAGACUCAAAGAAGUAAUAGUGCAAAGCUUGAAUACUAUGAUUCAACAAAAAAACCUAUUUUGCGAACAGGAUUGGAAAUCGAGAAACAUGCAUCGACGAUAUAUAGUGGUAGUGCUUAUACUGAAAUUCAAGAAGAGAUAGUAUAUGAAUGUUUCUCUUUGUCUUGUGCAACUCUAGGAGUGUCUACCAAUACAGAUAUUGAAGUAUAUGACAUAAAGGACAAGGAUUCAAACUCAUGGACAGUGACUUACUCCAUUGGUGAUGACACCUAUUUGUGUGGAUGCAAAAAAUUUGAAAGACUUGGUCUAUUGUGCAGCCAUAUAUUAUGUGUGUUGAAACAUAAUUUUGUUAAGUUGAUACCCGAGAAGUUGCGUGGAGGAAGAUGGUUGAAGUCACAAUUUGUGAAGCCAAUACAUGAAGGUUUUUGUGAUGAUCAAGAAAUACACCUUGUUGUGGACAAGAAGAAGAUUGCAUUUAAAAACUUGAAGCAGCUUCUUGGCGAAGAUGUUGUUCUGUCUUCCACACAGAAGAGAGCAAUGAUUGAGAACUUCUAUGGCUCACAUGUCCCGAACAAUAUUGAAGUUCAUCCUCCCGAGGUUGUUAGUACAAAGGGAAGUGGAAGUAGGAAGAAAUCGAAGAGGGAGUCAGCAAUAAAGUUAGAAAUGAAACCAGGCCGAAAGUGUGGAAACUGUCAUGAGAUUGGACACCCUGAUUCUAGGAACUGCAAAAAGGUUAAUGAGAAGUCAAAUCAGAGGCAAUGA